GGCACAAUCGGAACUGCAGUUUGUCUCGGACCGGAGGGAUGAGCGCGCGUAUACAAUAUUAUUAUAUGUAUAUAUAAUAUAAUACAAAGGAUGAUUUGAUCACCUAGCCGCCGCCGCCGCCGUUUGUCUUUUACCGCACGCCCAUUCGGCAGGAUUAUGCCCACACCCAUCGAAUUCGGGACGGCCACGCCCUCCGCAUCAGCGGCCACCGCCGCGCCACCGCUACCGACGCAGUCGUCGUCGGCUCAGUGAUAAUAUCGCGCGCCACACGACAACGUGAACCAAUUAUAUACAUCGCUAUAGCCACGAUCGCCGCCGCCGCCGCAACCGUUGUCGUCGUGGUCGUUGUCGCCGUCGGCACAUCCGCUAAACACGCCUAAUCUUCGUUUUCUUUUGAUUUUGCGCACCAGCGCUCGGCAAUCCGAUGUUUUUUCGCGUUCGCGAGCCAAAGUCGUUUCGCUUUUGUCCGCGACGUUCUUAAAAAAUACACGCGACCGUAAUUAAUACGUUUUCGUUUUCGCCUUUUUUUUUUUUUUUUUUAAUUUUCAAGCCACUUUUCGUCGUCGUACAUGACGUCCGAGACUGUGGCCAAAUGUGCUGCGUGGUGAUUGGCACCGCCGGCAUGCAGGACGACGAUCAUCACCACCACCACCACCAUCAGAACCGUCACCAACAACACCAACACCACCGCAGCAGCAGCAGCAGCAGCAGCAGCGGCAGCGGAAGUGCUCUGGCCACUUCGUCGCCCUCUUCCGCCGCCGCGGCCGCGGCAGCCGCCGUGUUCCUGCCCGUGUACGAUUUCAGCCGCCGAUAUCAGGCCGCCCUGGACUCGGCGGUCAUGCAUCAAGUGGUCAGCCCGCUGGACCUGAGAGGCGUCGGAGCCGCGUCCGCAGCCAUGGUGCAGGCCGGCUCGACGGCGGCGUCCGUGUCGCCGCCCUGCAGCGUCGGUUCGGCCGAGACCACCGACGUGAACGUCGAUUCGGCCGACGACGACGACGACUACGACGCGGCAGUGGUCGCGGCCGGGUGCAACGACAACAACAACGGCGGUGGCCGCAGCAAGACCACUUCGCCGGGCGCGCAAGAGGGCGCGUGCAGCGAGGACGGCGACAAGACUUCGGCCGCCGGCAACGGAUCGCCCGUCAAGCCGCCGUACAGUUACAUAGCGCUGAUCACCAUGGCCAUACUGCAGUCGCCGCACAAGAAGCUCACCCUGAGCGGCAUCUGCGAGUUCAUCAUGUCCCGGUUCCCGUACUACCGCGACAAGUUUCCCGCCUGGCAGAACUCCAUCAGACACAACCUGUCGCUAAACGACUGCUUCAUCAAGAUACCCCGGGAACCGGGAAACCCGGGCAAGGGCAACUACUGGACCCUGGACCCGAUGGCCGAGGACAUGUUCGACAACGGCAGUUUCCUGCGCAGGCGCAAGCGUUACAAGCGGAUGCAGGCCCCGUCGGACUUUUUCAUCCAUCGCGGCGACCACCACCAUCAACACCACCCGCACCAUCACCAUCACCAUCCGCACCACAGCCAUUUCGCGGCGGCCGCCGAUCCGUACUCGGUGCUACACCACCACCAUCACUACCCUUACCAUCAUCUCGGACCGCCGCCGCUGCCGACCCAUCCCUCGCAGGCCCAGGCACAGCCCCUGCAGGGCUCGCAGUCGCAGCAACACUCGCCGCAGCCGCCGACCGCUUCCGCGCCCGCCAUGCAACCCUUACAGCUUCCGGCCGCCGAGCUGGCGCGCAUAACGUUCGGUCUGAACCUGCUGCACAACGGGCAAGUGGCCGCAGCCGCGGCGGCCGCGGCGGCGGCAGCGGCGUACAAGCCGCAACAGCUGUCGCAGCCUCCGCUGGUGACGCACCAGCACGGCAAUCUCAUUCAGCCGUCGUACGCGACCACCGUGGUGGCCGGCGGCGGUCGGUUGGCGGUCAAACAGCCGUCCACCGGGUUCAGCAUCGAUUCCAUCAUGGGCAAGAGGUCGUCGCCCGCGCCGCCGGCCAACGUGUCGCCGGCCCGGCCGGGCGGCCGUCACCCGUUGCCCGACGACGACGACGACGACGGCGGCGAAGACGAUCGCAACGAACACCGCCGCCGUCACCACGACGCCGCGGUCGUCUCGCCUCAGCCGUCGGCCAGACCGAAUUUCGAUUCGGCCUUCACGCCGCUCCAGCAGACCACGUGGGCCAGGUGAUGAUCCGGCCGCCUCCGCGAUCAUGUGUCACUCGACGCGUGAUAAUACUUAUCGUGUAUAAUAUCAUUGUCUUUUCCGUAUAUUAUACUGUUCCGUUAUGCGGAGGCUUUGGUGCCGAACGAUUGUGGUACCAACAGC